UGUAUCCUCACCACGUUCCAUUCACUUCAGAAUGUCUGACUUGUUCCUUCUACUGCUUGUUUUUGCUACCUGUUCUACUGGACAGUUGCUGACUGUUUUGCAGAACCAUGUGUCUUGUGAGAAAGCCAGCUAUAUUGCUGUGUCAGGUCAGGAAUUCAAUGGUUCUUGUGAUUUUGAGAAAGAUGCUUGUAGUUGGAAAGAUGUGAGUAAAGACGAAUUUCGGUGGAGGCUUGAGAAGGCAAACAUCAGCAACAUCCCGGGUGUGGACCAUACCACUGGAACACCAUGGGGUCAGGUCAUGCAUGUGGAGGGUGAGAACGUCGGGAUUUUUUCAAAAGCACUUUUGGAGUUCUCCUUACCUCUGGACACUGCACUUGGGUGCCAGAUAAGAUUUUGGUAUCAUCUUCAUGAUUCUAUUGGUAUAAGCUCUCGUUUUGCCCUAAACCUGGACACUAAUGCAUCAUCUGUGGCCUUGUGGGAGAUUGAAAAGGGGCAAACAAAUGGUUGGGUGAAUACAACUAUCAGUAUUGGAAAUCGUCCUAAAGGAUCGAAGCUGCUGUUUUCUGUUGCCCCAACUUUUAUUGGAACUCAAGAUAUAAUGCUAGAUGAUAUUACAUUGAUGAGCUGUACAGAAGAGGAUAUUCCUCCAGGCUCAGAUCAGCUCAGCUGUGACUUUGAGGAAAAUACGUGUGGUUGGUACAUAGACCAGUCUGCGAGUCUCAUUUGGGAGAGAACUAAGGGUCAAAAACCCUCAUAUGACAAUCAGGGACCAGGACAUGACCAGACAACUGGUUCAGGUUAUUAUAUGUUUGUGGCAACAAAAACAAACUCAAAUCCAUUACAGACAGCAAGACUUAUUAGUUAUCCCCAGCAAGCCAAAUGUGUCAGCUUCUGGUAUCAUAUCUAUGGUGCCAGCAUUGGUUCUCUCAGAUUUAUUAGUAAGGAUAUUAAUGGGACAGAGAUAGUCACGUGGAUUAGGACUGGCACACAAGGCAACAAAUGGCGCUUUACAGACCUUAGCUUCGCCACCAAUGAGAAUCCAGUGCAGUUUAUCUUUGAGGCUACCUUGGGAGGAACUGAUGGCAGUAUUGCCCUAGAUGGAGUGCAGGUCUGGAGCAGCGUAAAUGGAUCAUGUCCACCUGAAAGAGAAUGUACAUUCCAGAGCUCUCUGUGCGGCUUAGAAACUGACCCUGAUGCUGACUUCCCCUGGAUCAGAAUCACAGGAAUGCAGGCUGCAGGUUCUCCUAGCCCAAGCAAGGAUCACACCCUUGGCACUGACCAAGGUUACUACCUGAGUGCACAGCUGUGGGAUCGGCCGAGUGGCAGUAAAAGUCGCAUGGUGACACAUUUUUAUGAACCAAAUCUUGAAAGCGAGGAAUGCUGGAUAUUCUGGUAUCAUAUGAGUGGAGGAAAUGUGGGGAUGCUUAAUGUGUACCUGCAUGAGUCAGAAAACACUCCAGUCACCCUUUGGAGCCGCAGUGGAAACCAGGGAGAACGCUGGAAACCCGGCCGAGCCACUGUAAUCAGCCCACUAAACCCUUAUCAGAUCGUAUUUGAAGCGGUGGCUGGGGAAGGUCAGGAUAUGGACAUUGCCAUUGAUGAUCUGAGCGUACUGAAUGGGCCAUGUCUGCCUCACGGGUUUUGUGAUUUUGAGAUGGACCUGUGUUACUGGGAAAGCAGUGCUCUCAGCACUCACACUGUAGCCUGGAGCUGGACAUCCGGAGUCACUGACUCUAAGUUUGGACCUCAAGUAGACCACACAACCAAUUCCAACUUGGGACACUACAUGGCCUUUGAUACAAAGCACAGCAUUAAUGAGCAAAUUGCUUAUCUCCAGAGUGAGGUAAUGCAACCAGUGGACCAGGCAUGUCUGGAGUUCUGGUACUAUAUGGAUAUGUGGGCUGUUAUAGACAAACUCACGCUAACUGUGUAUGUGAAUCAGUCAGGCAUGUUACACUUCCUGUGGAAUCAGACUGGCACUCAGGGCAGAAUGUGGCACAAAAUCACACUGGAUUAUGAAGCAUCAGAGCAAUACCAGCUUGUGUUUGAGGCUAAACGUCCACCGCGUCAUGAAGGGGCUAUUGCCUUGGAUGAUAUCUAUAUCAGAGAGAGUGUGAGCUGUGCAGACAUAAUCACCACCACACUUGCCCCCACUAUACAUCCUACAACACCACCUGCAUCCACUAUGGACUGCAGCUUUGAGGAGGGACUAUGUGAUUGGAUUCAAGAAGGUCAGGGUGGAGUUGACUGGACUCGUCAACAAGGUCUUCAGGUCAACACAAGCAACAAAGGUCUCCUUUAUGACCACACCAUUGGAAAUAAACAUGGUUUCUAUUUGGCUUUAAAUAUGUCUAGUAACAAAGACGGUGAGAAAGCAGUCCUUUCUGCCCCCGUAAAUAUCCAAGCCCCAAGUAUGUGUGUUGGAUUCUGGUAUUUCAUGCUAGGACCUUCAGUGGCAAAGCUGGACCUUGUGGUUGAGACGAAAUCAACAGAGCUGAUUGUGUGGACUAGACGAGGUACAGAAGCUGCCAAGUGGUUAAAAGCACAAGUCACAGUCAGCUUGGUGGACGCACAGAGAAUGAAAUUCAUUGGUCAUAGAAACACCACAAACCGUGGGUUCAUAGCAGUUGACGAUGUGCAAGUGACCCCAGGUGUCUGUGAAGAUCAUAGCCCAUGUGGCUUUGAAAGCCCUUCACUGUGCGGAUUUGAUCAGGAUAUAAGUGAUAGCACUCACUGGCUCCAUGUGAAUGGCAGCAGCAUUGACAAUGUUGAUCACACAUACGGAACUCAAAUAGGUCAUUCGAUGGCUGUUUUGGGAAAGAAGCUUCUGAAACCAGAGACAACACACCUCCUGACUCCAGCAUACAGUAAAACAACUGAGUCAUGUCUACAGUUCUGGUACUGGCUAUCUGCUGGGUCAGGUGAUUCUCUCUCAGUGCAUAUUUACCUAAAUGGAGAGCUGGGUCCUGCCCUUUGGUCUCUUUCUUCAGUGCGUUCUACAGGCUGGGAGGUGGCAGAGGUCACUGUUUCUUCUCCAGCCAAAUUCAGGGUUGCAUUCAAGGCAAAAUUAAGUCCUGGCCAGGACUAUUUCAUAUUUCUGGAUGAUGUGUCAGUGAGAAAUGGAGCUUGCCUUCCCACAGGAAGUUGCGAUUUCGAGUCAGGUCUGUGUACAUGGGUGAAUUCUGACAUGGACGACCAUGAUUGGGUCCAUGCAGAUGGACAUGAGGGUGGUCCUCUUAUAGAUCACACAACACACACUCCAGAUGGCAGGUUUAUGUUAAGUCUACCUAAAGUGACCACUUCAGACAACAGCAAAAACAUGGCUAUGCUCAUCUCUGAACUUUUCCAACAAAGCUCUGAUUCCUGCCUUUCGUUUUGGUAUAAUAUGAAUUACAGUACCACAGGGAACCUAAAAAUGUUUUUAGAAGUAGAGAAUGAAUAUAGAAUGCUGAUUUUUGAAACAAGUGCUGCUGAACACAACUGGAGGAAUUUCAAUGCCACAGUGUCUGAGACCAAGCCCUAUAAGAUUGUUCUAGAGGCAGAGUCUGCAAGCGGAGAAUUUAUUGCUGUGGAUGACAUAACAGUUACAGAAGGGCAAUGUAAAGAGGGGACAGUGGUUCCUGGGGUAUUUGUUGGCUGCCAGUUUGAGAUGGAUAGCUGUGAGUGGAAAGAUGUGAGUGUGGGACAGUUUUCCUGGCAGCGGGGCCGCAACGGAACAGCUUCGGAUAACACUGGGCCUUUAGUCGACCACACUACUGGCACAGAACUGGGCUGGUAUAUGGCAGUAGAUGCCAAUAAUGGUGACCAGAACAGCUACGCUGCUUUCCAGAGUCCUGAUAUGAGACAAGCCAGCUCUGAGUGUGUGCUUGAAUUCUACUAUCAUAUGUAUGGGGAAGGAAUUGGAGAGUUACAAGUGUUCCUUCAGGAGGGCCUGAGAAAAACCCCAAUUUGGUGGAAAUCUGGUGAUCAUGGAGAUACGUGGCAUCGUGCUGAGGUCGCAAUUGGUCGAACUCACCAGGUCUUUACUAUAAUUUUCGAGGCCACCAGAACUUUCAGUGAGCUUGGUGACAUUGCUAUAGACGACAUUGCUUUUCAGAGAUGCUCUCUCCCAGAGCCUCAGGAGUCAUGUCCACCAAAUACAUUCACAUGCUCUAACCAUGUGUGUGUGGAUGUGAACAGAAUCUGUGACUUCAGUGAUGACUGCGGGGAUGGAAGUGAUGAAACACAAUGCGAUGGACUGGCUUAUAGGCAGCGCUGCAGUUUUGAGCAGGGUAUGUGCUUAUGGGACAUCAGUGAAGAAUGGGCCAGGUGGAUGCUGGAAAGAGGAGAGGGGGCGUGGCCACAACGGGGACCACCCAGAGAUCACACACGAAACAUAGCAGCAGGCCAUUACAUUAUUCCUGUCGGUCAAAGCCAGACAGCUGAGAUCAUCUCCAGCACUUUGCUCCCCAGCUCCAACUGCACUGUUAACUUCUACUACUUUUUCCAUGGUGAAAACUCUAAGGACAGUCUUACCAUGCGACUGCGGACACUAAGCAGUGGAGAUCAGGACACUAUUCUCUGGAAGGAGAAUGUGACUCAUGGAUUUCACUGGCAAAGGACAGAGGUCAUCUUCUCCUCCUUAGUAAAGACCAAGGUUGUGUUUCAUUUUAAUGGGAGUGCCAAGAGCAAUGAAGAAUACAUAGCUGUGGAUGAUGUGUCUUUUUCGCCAAACUGCAUUCAUGACCCAGACAACAGCAAACUGCCAGUCUCACCCUCUACAGCUCCUCCUACAGUCACCCCAAUCAUUCCUACAUCCACUGAGUCUCCCUGCAAGGAGGAUGAGUUUCACUGUUGGAGAUCCGCCGGGAGGAAAUGCAUUGCUACUACAUCUUGUUGUGAUUACACGAUUGAUUGUCCCCUAGGAGAAGAUGAAGAGACAUGCGGACCCUGUACAUUUGAGAAUGGCAUUUGCAAUUGGAGUGACACAAGUCAGGAUAAUAACAAGUGGCAAAGAGUGAAAGCUAGUGAGGAUACAGAACCUUCAACAGACCACACCACAGGAACAGGUCACUUCAUGUAUGUAAAUUUGAGUUCAGUGCCAUCUGAUAAUAAAGUGCAGUUUGAGAGCCCUUUACUGCCACCCACCUCCCCAUACUGCCAGUUAAUAUUUCAUUUCCAUUUGGGUGGAGAAGAUGGUGGUAGAGGUCUAAGUGUGUUUAUGCGGAAUGAAGAGAAUAAAAGUACACAACUCUGGACUCGCACCAACAGCACCAAAAAGGACUGGACUCUGGAGCACCUGCCAUUGGGAAAACAACAGCAACGCUUCAGGAUCUUCUUCAGUAGUCCAAGCACAUCUCUACAGGAUGGUAAUAAUGCUGUCCAUCAUGGAGCCUCUAUAGAUGACAUCUCCUUCCUGAACUGUGAAACCUCAUAUCAACCACCAGGUUUGUCUACUGCUGGCUGCUCCUUUGAGAAAGACCUGUGUGGGUGGGUUCAAGGAAGUAUCGGGGACUUUUACUGGCUGAGAAAAACUGGACCAACUGAAACUGUCAAUACUGGCCCUGCAGGAGAUCACACCACCAGUGGCACAGGAUAUUAUCUAUAUAUUGAAAGCUCAGCUCCUAAUAGAAGAGGCAGUGUAGCUCUUCUGAAGUCUCCUAUACUCCCGUCUGCUGGACAGAAUGGAUACUGCCUACAAAUCCAGUAUCACAUGUUUGGAGCAACAGUGGGCUCACUAAAUAUAAUUCUACACUCCAUUGAAUCCAAUGUGUCCGCUGUGGUGUGGCAGAGGGAGGGCUCUCAGGGGAACGAGUGGCAUGUGGCCCAGAGGCAUGUGACCCUAAAAGAAGUUCAUCAGAUAUUGAUCACGGCUUCAGUGGGUGGAGAAGCUGGAGAUAUCGCUAUAGAUGACUUAUCAUUUACUGAAGGAGCUUGUACUCCCACAGAUGGCUUUUGUGACUUUGAAGAGGGGGGCUGUGACUGGACACAGGAUGUUGAUGAUGAUCUAGACUGGGUUAGAGGAUCAGGAAAUACCCCAGUCAUUAAAUUCCAACCAAACUUUGACCACACAACCAACACAGACAAUGGACAUUACUUUUACAUGGACUCCUCAUCUCAUGUAUCAGGACAGACCGCUAGGAUGUUCUCUCCUUUCUUUACUACAGGAAAUGGACAGUGUCUUCAUUUAUGGUAUUAUUUGAGUGGGAAGGAUGCAGGGACGCUCAAUGUGUAUCAGAAAAACUCAAAUGGAGCCUAUUUGCUGCUGCUGAGACAGUCAGGAGAGCAAGGCAAGAUGUGGAGAUUUGCACAGGUGCCACUAACCAACACUGGCCCAGAAUAUAGAAUCAUAGUGGAGGGGAUAAAGGGACAGAGUGAGCAAGGCACUUUGGCUGUGGAUGAUAUGCUGUUGUCACACAAUUUAUGUACCGGUCCAGGCCUCUGUGACUUUGAGGUGAACAUGUGCAGCUGGCACAAUCUAAUGGCUGAGGACAAUAUGGACUGGCUCCGAAAUCAGGGAAACUCUAAAAGCCCCAGCACAGGGCCAAGUGUAGACCACACAACAAACUCCUCCACUGGUUAUUAUUUAUAUGUGGACACCACAGUGGGACGCUGGGGGGACAGAGCAUUGCUGCUCAGUGAAAUCUUUUCCCCAAACAACAGGCGACAGUGCUUUAUGUUUUGGUACCACAUGUAUGGCCACGAUGUAGGUACUCUUAAUGUAUACAUCAAUAACAGGACACUGCAUGAUAAUGGGGACAGACUUGGAUAUCUGAUUUGGACAGAAUCCAGGGAUCAGGGAAAUGUGUGGUGGAAUGCCAGAGUGAACAUUAAUCAAAUAGAACCAUUCUGGUUCGUGUUUGAGUAUCACAAAGGCAAAGACACUGGAGGAGAUGUGGCCAUUGAUGAUAUACAAAUUACUUACACAUUAUGUGACCCAGAACCGCCUACUCCAGGAGCCUCUUCUAAUGGAGUAGGAAUAGGUGUGGCAGUUGCAGUAACGUUACUGGUGAUCGCCGUAGUCUGCAGCGCCCUUUACAUUCUCUGGAGGAGGCGCUCAAACAGAGAAAACAGUACAGAGCAUUGUGUUCUGGGCAAGAAUGAAGUCUAUGAUCUCUAUGACUGUGAACUACAGGAUUCAGAGUCUUGAUGGGUGGACGAUCAGUUUUACAGUUUAUGCGAAGAGGGAGACAAGCUGACCCAGAAGAAACCGCCAACCUUAAUGAUAAUAACUUAAUGUCAAAACAACUAUGUAUAGUCUUAUCUGUUUCCUUUGUUUUUAUAAUACCCAUCAAAUAAAGUCUCAGUUGGAGAUCACCAGAUGUUAAUUCACUUAGGUCUCGUCUGGGUCAAGAAAUGGAAUUCCGGAGGAAGAAACAAGUUUCUUGAUUCCACAUGGAAAUAUGUAAAACAUCUGGAACUAACCAAACUGCUUUGGGAAUGACCCCAGCUCUGUCCUAGACAGUAAUCAUCCGGAACAGAUCCUUCUCUGGCUACUGGGUCUAUCAGCCAUGUGAGACAUGUCACACAUACCUAAUCCCCUCAUUCUUCACAGGAACCAGUUUCCUCACUAGUGAGCAAACACACACACAUACACACACACACACACACACACACACACUGCAACAUCAAUAUGGAAAAUGUGCAAUGAGGUGAUUAGAAAAAAUUUUUUAGCAGUCUGUGGACUUGGGGAUGUCUGGAAUUUUAUGAUGAAUGGUUACAUUGACUAAAACCCCAUCCUGAUCCGGUAUUUUUUUUUUUUUAUAGUGCUGACACAGUGUCAGCCAUUAAUGUUCAAGAAAUACUUAUACCACUUUAUUAGACUGAUAUGGGAUUGUGGUUCUGAGGCCUAAUGAUUAAGUGUGUCUAGAGAAAAAAAUAAAGCAUUACUCAUGGA